GUAACGAGUUCAGCCGGUUAUGACCGAUGUUAUUUCCGUGUACAUCUUAGCUGAACGCUAGCUAUCGAGCUAAUUCGUUCACUGUUUUGGUGUUGCAUCUGUUUUCUUUCCAUUACAAAUUGGUGAACGAUCCAAGCGUGUAACGUUUGAAGAUCUCCCAUAAUGGACAGCGAAAUGUCUGACCUUGACCAUGCACCAGGGCCUGAGAACAGCAGCAUGGACGGGGAGAACGCACCCCUGUACUGUAUCUGCAGGAAAGCAGACAUCAACUGCUUCAUGAUCGGCUGUGACAAGUGUAACGAGUGGUUCCAUGGCCACUGCAUUAACAUCACUGAGAAGAAGGCGAAGGCAAUCAGAGAAUGGUAUUGCAUGAAAUGCAAAGGUAAAAACCCCUCUCUGGAAAUAAAGUACAGAACAAAGAAAAACCGAGAGAAGGAGGUUGAGUAUGACAGAGGAUCGGACAGAGGAUCGGACAGACAAUCAGACAGACAGUCGGACAGACAGUCGGACAGACAGUACAGCACCCCGAGUACUCCUGACUAUAAGAGUGAAAGGCGGCGUGGAUCUAAAGUGAAGCGUUCAGUGCGAAUGUGUGGGGAGUGUGAGCCGUGCAAGAGGACGGAGGACUGCGCCACAUGUGACUUCUGUAAGGACAUGAAGAAGUUCGGAGGCCCCAACAAAAUCAGGCAGAAGUGCAGGUUCAGGCAGUGUGAGGUCCGAGCCAGGAAAAUGCUUCGUGUGAAAGACGAGGAAUUGGCUUUGCAAGAAAGGAGGGAAAACAACUACCACAGACGGAGGCGAUACUCUGACGACUACGACAGCGAGGCGGAGCUCUACCAGAAGUACAAGUCAUCAGGGAACAACAACAGCAUGGGAUGGAACAGUGAUGAAGAGGAUGAGGUGCCUUUCAGUCCUGUCAUGCGUAAGAAAGCUGUGAAGGUGAAGCACGUCAAGAGAAGAGAGAAGAAGUUUGACAAGAAAAAGGAGUCCCGGCGGCACAAACAGAAGCAGAAGCACAAAGACAAAACCAGAUCCAGUGAGAAGGGCGAGCUGCGGGACAGCACGGGGCAGCGGCAGUGUCUCGGGCCGAGCUGUGUGCAGCCGACAAGAGCCGGCUCCAAGUACUGCUCUGAGGAGUGCGGCAUGAAGCUAGCCGCCAACCGGAUCUAUGAGAUCCUGCCUCAGCGCAUCCAGCAGUGGCAGCAGAGCCCCUGCAUCGCCGAGGAGCACGGCAAGAAGCAGCUGGAGCGAAUCCGCCGCGACCAGCAGAACGCCCGGCUGCGCCUCACAGAGAUGGAGCGGCGCUUCCACGAACUGGAAGGCAUCAUCGUCAAGGCCAAGCAGCAGGCGGCCCAGCUGGACGAGGAGUGUAAUGAAAACGACAGCGAGGACACAGACCUGCAGAUCUUCUGCGUGUCUUGCAGUCAUCCCAUCAAUCCAAAAGUGGCACUGAGACAUAUGGAGAGAUGUUACGCAAAGUAUGAGAGCCAGACUUCCUUUGGCUCCAUGUACCCUACAAGGAUAGAAGGAGCAACGAGACUCUUCUGUGACGUGUACAAUCCCCAAAGCAAAACGUAUUGUAAGAGGCUUCAGGUUCUGUGUCCGGAACAUUCCAGAGACCCUAAGAUCCAAGGGGAUGAGGUGUGUGGGUGUCCUCUGGUGAAGAACGUGUUCGAGCUGACCGGAGAUUACUGCAGGGUCCCCAAAAGGAAAUGCAACAAACAUUACAACUGGGAAAAGCUCAGGAGAGCGGAGGUGGACCUGGAGCGAGUCCGGGUGUGGUACAAGUUGGACGAGCUCUUUGAACAGGAGCGUAACGUCAGGACGGCGAUGACCAACAGAGCCGGUCUGCUCGCUCUGAUGCUUCACCAAACUAUUCAGCACGACCCCGUGACCACCGAUCUCCGUGGUAACAAGGAUAGGUAGUCUGCACCUGUACUCUGAUCACUGUACGUGAUUUGAGUUUUAAAGAUUUAAAUGAAACUAUUAGGUCCAAAACAGAUUUUCUAACUAGAUAAUUAUUUUAAAAUGUUUGUAUGAUAAUUAACUGAAAGAGGUAAAUGGAUAUAUAUUUUCCUGACUGUGAUGGAUGCUGCUGAUUGAUAACGGCUGUUUUUGGUAUGAUCGCUCAGAAUAAACACUUUGAUGUAUCUGCUA